AUGGGUGAAUUGAUGCAAGAAUUGCACAUUAUUUACGGUCCAGUAGUUUUGAUGUGGGGCUUUCACCGGCCUUUCCUUUUCGUUUCUGAUCGAGAACUCGCUGAAAAGUGUCUUAUAACACUAAAUUUGCCCCAAAAUCCAAGGGUUUAUGGGAAUCUUGGCUAUCCAUUCGGUCACAGACUUAUGGGCCGCAGUUUGGUAACGGAGACCGAUCAUGGUGUUUGGCAAAAGCAAAGAGCGCUGUUAAAUCCGGCGUUCCACCGCCGUUAUUUAAUGAACUUGAUGUCCGCGUUUAACAAUAGCUGUGACUUGUUUCUGGCCAAGCUGGAUGAGAUGGCAGAUGGAAAAACUGUUGUAAAUAUGGCAGAAGAAUUUUCCAGGGUCAGACUGGAUGUUAUUGGAAAGGUA